AUGGUGAGCGACAAGAAGAUGCUUCCAAAACGCAUCAUACUAAUGCGCCACGGUGAGUCCGCCGGCAACAUCGACCAAGGUGCUUACGCGACCACGCCCGACCACAAGAUCCCACUGACGGAAGAAGGACGAGCGCAGGCGCGUGAAGCCGGGAGGAAGAUGAGAGCCCAGAUCUCAACCCACAGCAGCGUCGGCGCGUGCGCAGAGAACUGGCGCGUGUACUUCUACGUGUCGCCGUACGAGAGAACGAGGACGACUUUGAGGGAGGUCGGGAAAGGGUUCUCGAGGCGGCGAGUGAUAGGGGUGAGGGAAGAGUGUAGGAUCAGAGAACAAGAUUUCGGGAAUUUUCAAGUGGAAGAGAGGAUGAGAGUUGUCAAGGAGACGAGGGAGAGAUUCGGAAGAUUCUUUUAUCGGUUCCCGGAGGGUGAAUCUGCCUCCGACGUCUACGAUCGGGUUUCGAGUUUCCUGGAGUCAUUAUGGAGAGACGUGGACAUGAACAGGCAUCAAGUGGAGCUAUCAAGCGAACUAAACCUAGUGAUCGUGUCUCACGGGCUGACCUCACGGGUGUUUCUAAUGAAAUGGUUCAAGUGGACGGUGCAAGAGUUCGAGCGGUUGAACAACUUUGGGAACUGCGAGUUUAGAGUGAUGGAGUUAGGUGCGAGUGGAGAGUACACUUUCGGGAUACACCACACCGAAGAAGAGAUGUUGGCUUGGGGGAUGUCUAAAAAUAUGAUCGAUGAUCAAAUGGGCCGCGUUGAUGGUUCUCGUGAAACAUCGAACGAUUGUUGUUCAUUGCAUCUCGAUGAGUAUUUUGAUUUGUUAGAUAAUACUGAUGAUGAAGAAUGA